GUCCUUUUGGGCUCCUCUCUGUCCUUCUCCGCCCUUCCUUCUCGAUCCUUCUCGGUUCCCCCGGGUCCUUCUCCAUCCCUUGCGGCUCCCCCGGUCCUCGGUUCCGAUGGAGUCGCAGUGUGAUUAUUUUAUGUACUUCCCGGCGGUGCCGUUCGCGGCCCGGGAGCUGCUGUCGGGUGAGCCGGGCCGGUACCGGGCGCUCCCCCGCCGUAACCACCUUUACCUGGGUGAGACCGUCCGGUUCCUCCUGGUGCUCCGUUGCAGGCCCGGUAACGGCGGCGGCACUGGGCCGGGGCGGCCAGCCUGGGCCGAGCUGGCCGCCUCGCUGGCUGCCCUGGCCAGCGUCAGUCCCGGCGGCAUCGAAGCCUGCGGCGAUCGGGAUGGGGAUGUGGACGGCCCCGGGGACGGCCCCGGAGCCUCGCCGGAGCCCGCCGUGUUCCGGGAGUGCCGAGCCCUGCUGACGCACAGCCAGGGCCCUCCGGGGCGCCCGGCCGCUGGGAUCCCGGUGGAGGACCCCAUCGUGUCCACGGACGAAGUCAUCUUCCCCCUGACCAUCUCCCUGGACAAGCUGCCCCCUGGCACCGUCAAGGCCAAGAUCGUGGUGACAGUGUGGAAGAGGGACACGGAGCCGGCGGAGCUGCGGGAGGCCGGCGGCUACCUGGGGCUGCUGCAGACGCGGGCACCUGCCCAGGUGUUCCGCCAGGAGCAGGGAGCCUUCAAGGCACAGGUGAGCACCCUGCUGACCGUGCUGCCCCCGCCCGUGGUGCGGUGCCGCCAGCUCACCGUGUCCGGCAAGUACCUGACGGUGCUGAAAGUGCUCAAUGGUUGGUCCCAGGAGGAGAUCUCGCUGUGGGACGUCCAGAUCCUGCCCAACUUCAAUGCCAGCUACCUGCCCGUGAUGCCCGACGGCUCUGUCCUGCUGGUCGAUGACGUCUGCCACCACUCCGGGGAGGUGCCCGUGGGGGCCUUCUGCCGCGUGGCCGGCGCGGGCUCGGGCUGCCCCUGUGCCCUGAGCGCCCUCGAGGAGCACAACUUCCUGUUCCAGCUGCAGGCGCCCGAGAGGCCUCCGGAGGAUGCCAAGGAGGGCUUGGAGGUCCCGCUGGUGGCCAUCGUCCAGUGGUCAACACCCAAACUGCCCUUCACCAGCAGCAUCUACACCCACUACCGGCUGCCCAGCAUCCGCCUGGAGCGGCCUCGCUUCGUGAUGACCGCGGCCUGCGAGUCGCCGGUGCGCGCCCGGCAGCGCUUCACCGUCACCUACACCCUGCUCAACCAGCUCCAGGACUUCCUGGCCGUGCGCCUCGUCUGGACCCCCGAGACCACCGCGGCUGCCACGGCUGUCCCUGCAGGGAAGAGGCUGCCCGGUGCCACGCUGGACGCCGUCGUCUGCCACUCGCCGCUCACCAACCUGGGCUACUCGCGCAAGGGCAGCGCCAUCUCCAUCCCCGUGGCCUUCCAGGCGCUGCGAGCCGGCCUCUUCGAGCUGUCCCAGCACAUGAAGCUGAAGCUGCAGUUCACGGCCAGCGUGGCCAACCCCCCGCCCGAGGCCCGGCCCCUGUCCCGCAAGAGCAGCCCCAGCAGCCCGGCCGUCAGGGACCUGGUGGAGAGGCACCAGGCAGGGCUGGGCCGGUCCCAGUCCUUCUCCCACCAGCAGCCCUCCCGCAGCCACCUCAUGAGGUCAGGCAGCGUGAUGGAGCGCAGGGCCAUCACCCCCCCGGUGGGGUCCCCCGUGGGCCGCCCCCUCUACCUGCCCCCCGAGAAGACGGUGCUGGCCCUGGACAAGAUCGCCAAGCGCGAGUGCAAGGUGCUGGUGGUGGAGCCUGUCAAGUGACAGGGACGGGGGGCACAGCGGUGGCUGGAAGGGGACCAGCUGUGGGGGGCACACGCAGCGGGGGGCUGGGGGC